AUGCCCGAUUUCGACGACUCCUUCCUGUUCGAUUGUGCCUCGUUCGAGCGCAAGAAAUGGAAGGCCCACCAUCUGCGCUGUCACCCAACGGGUGUGGUCCUGAAACGGGCCAGUAAUUUAGACCCGGAUCCACUUCUGGACGUUCAGCUCCCGGUUGAGAAGGUCCCCGUGAGUCCCGCAGUGUCGAGGAAGGAUCCCAAGCGCAAGAAGGGUGUGCUGGAGAUAUUGGCCUCACCGGGUGUUGGCCGCCGGAAGCUGUUCGGUGUCAUCACCACCUCGACGUAUGAUGUGCUGCAACGUGGGCAGGCUUCGAGUGACCAACGUGGCUCGGUUGUGUCGUGUGGUGAUCAGUUCCAGUACAAACCGCAGUUGGAGCAGCUCUCGGACGUGCCGUCGGGAUACGAAAGUGGCGGGAACUGUGGCGCGGCAAGUGGCAGCAGCAACAUCGGCACGUCCUCGACACCCGUCUCGAGUGGCCGCAGCUCUACGGCUAGCAGUAACGGUGGUACGGGACCACCGGGUGCAACUUCCGGUACGCCAACCGGUGGUGGGGGUGAGGCCGGCGGCGGGACCGCCGUUACGCCCGGUACACCCGGUUCGUCCGGUCACAAGGGCAGCAUCCGCGGCAACAAGCUGGCACGGCGGGCUCGCUCCUUUAAGGACGACUUUCUCGAGAAGAUCUCACAGAUCCGCACGCCGACCAACACGAUGACGAGGUCCCACUCACCGAACAGCCCGCGGGGCGGCACAGGCGGCGGAGGUGGGUCCGGAAAUUAUGGCAGCCGGAAGAGCACGACGGACGAACCGGCGAAACCGGUGCAGGAUCUCAACUAUCACGUUCGGCAGGUGAAGAACGCGCUGACACACUUCAAGGAUGUGAUUCUGAAGAACAAGCUCGAGAUGCUGCCGGGCAAUGGGACGGUCGUGCUGGAGUCCAUCGCUAACGUGCACACAGCCCUGCAGUCGUACACCCUGAACGAGCACAGUACAGCGUUCAUCAACGCAACCAACCACGUGCACGUGUCGCUCGGUAACCUGCUGAAGCUGUGCGAUGAGGUCCUUCUCACGAAGGACGGCGAGGAUUGCCCGUCGCUGAGUAAAGAAAACGUGAAGGAGGUGGUCGAGCUAGUCGAGAACGCGAUCAACAAUCUCGUUAAUCUCGCUAACGAGAAAAUCUCCGACCGAAAGCUGCUACACGGUGCUAGUGGUGGUGGUGCGGGCUCGGGGGGAUCGGGAUCGGGUGGAGCCGGUUCCGUGGCUUCGUCCGGCACAAGCGGCAACACGCUACAGCGGCCAACGGUGGACGUGGUUAGCCAGCGUACGUCCUUACCGGAUAUUACGUUGACGCCCCGGGAACGUGACAUCCUGGAGCAGACGUCCCUGAUGACGGCUCGCGCGUCCCACAGCACUGAGAGCAUCCUGCGUGAUUCGAGUCCACCACCGCCACCGAAACCCCCACUACCGGAUCGCUCCCAGGAACCACCGCCACCGUUGCCACCCAAGCGCAAAGGCCAGCACGCAAAGAACCAUUCGUUCCACGACACGACGUCUGAUUGCAACUCGACGGAUUCCGCCCUGUUCCAUCUGGGUGGUGGGGGACCGGGAGGAGGUGUCGGUGUCGGUGGUGGCCCGAUCGGGCUUGACCGGAUGUCACUGCGUUCCCGGUCGCCGGAGGACAACUCUAGUCUACUCAGUGCCAGUGCCGGUUCGUUGGACUCGGCUCUGAAUCAUUCGCGCGAGGAGGAAGAACUACGCGCCCUCACGAGCUGUUCAUCGCACGCCAGUGCACCCGCGGCCAGUCUUGGUGGGUUGGUGGUGCUCGGAACAGCUGCCCUCACGCAACCCUGGGAGGAUACCCCGGUGGAGCUGAUCGGGCUGCCGCAGACCAGCAACAGCAGCCUGAAUCGCAACUCGAACGAGUCCGGGUUUGAGUCGAUGUACUCGCUGCGAGUCAACCGGGAUCAGCUGCAGCAGCAGCAGCAGUUUGUACAGUACCAAAGUGCGGGAGCGACUGUCACCACCACGACCCAUCAUCACCAGAAAAGCGCCAGUUCGUCCUCGUCGUCGUCCUCGUACGUGCACAAAUCCGAAUCGAUCGUGGAUGGGUUGACGGCGUUGGUUGUGAACACUGGAAAGGCGUCUGUGCAACAACACCAUCACGCGCUAGUCCUGCAUCACCAGCAGCAGCAACAGCAGCAGCAGCAGCAUUUCCAUAAGAAAAUCGAUACAAUCAUCACGCAAGCGAGCGAUGAAGCGGGUGUUGUCGCACCCUCGAAGGGCACAGAGCAGCAGUUCAUCUGCACCACUACGACCUCGUUGACAUCGACUGUGGCCGCGUCUAGCAGUGGCAGUCUAUCGAAACUGCUCGUACACGGUGCCAGUAUCGACGAACUGGGGAACGAUGAUGUAUUCCCGCGGCCAACCGGUCUUCCGGCGGCUUCCGAUCGUCCACCAGCUUUACCCAUCAAGACGCGCUCACACAGCAUCAAGCGAGAACGUCACCCAUCGCAGUACGACAAUGUCGAUGAGUUGGACCUGGAGCGAAGCUCACAGGAUUCGUUCGGUCACUUCCCGAUGCAGAGUUCGCCCUCGUAUCUGUACGGCCGGCAGCAGAUGUUCCACAACUUACCGAGCAAGCAUAUCAGCCUGAUCGAGCCUCGGCAUAUGAGUCGCUUCCAGGAAGAGCCACCACCGCUGCCCAUCAAGAAGAAACAUAUGUUUCAAAGUGUUGCCUACUCAGUCAUGGCCUACAUGGAGAUCUUCGGGAGCGCCACCCAGAACCAGUCGGAGUUUAUGCGCCACUCGGUGCAUACGUACAACCUGGCACACUCGGAGCAGAUCUCGAGCGGUGGCAGUACGAGCAAUCACAGCAUCUCGCACAGUCAGACGAUGAGCCUGUCACCGUCACGGAUCGUCGCCCCCGGGACAGUGUCCCCACCGGGUUCGCCAAAUGUCAACGUAAAACCGCCGGCUCUGCCACCGAAGCGCCAGCGCAUCAAUAGCAAAACGCCCAGCAUCGCGUCAACGCCACCCGCCAGCCCAAAGAUUUUCCAGGAUCAUCAGCACCACCAUCACCAGCAUCUCUACCAACAGCAGCAGCAGCAACCGCAACAGUCUCCAACAGCAAUCAAUACGUCACCGUCACCAUCAACCACGUCGCUGGUAUCGGCACACUCGGCCGGUGGUAAACCGGGCUGCAAUCAACCGGCCGAAACAAGAUCCCCUAAGGUAUCGCUGGGUGGCCACACGCCAGACUCGGACGUGUCCGAUGGUACCGCUACGAUCGCUUUUUCCUCCGCUACUGUCGCUUCCGGUGGUGAUGGUGCGAUUACGGCCACAUGUGGUAAAACUGGAACUGCCGGCAAACACCCGAACCACGACGAGGACUAUCUCCUCUUGUGCGACGCGACAACACGGGGCCCGCUCGAGCCGGGGGCCGCUAAUCUCUCGACUUCCGCUUCCAACACGAAUCUCGAACCUAGCACUAACCGUAGCGGAGGCGGCGGUGUCGCUGGCAGCAACACUCUAGUCCCCGGCGGCAGCAACCACAGCCACAGCAAUAACAGUAGCGGCAGUAGCAACGUUGAAUCUAGUAGUUAUUUAAACGAUAGCCAUAACAGAGGUACCAGUAGAACUAGUAGCGGCAAACCGCCUGCGAGCCCAUCCGGUGAGGCGGCGUACGAAUCGCCCGCCAACGAGGAACGUGGCAGUAAGGACGACGGGGGCGAGGUUGAGGUGAUACUAAGGCGAAAUAAUAAGAAUGGUAUGACCGUAGUUGAGCAGCAGCAGCAACAGUCGCUAAACCUGAUGGAAGAGCUGGACGUGAGUAGCCAUCUGGUGUUUAAAAAGGAAAAUGAAGAUGGACCCGACGUCAAGGGCGGACAUCCGGACGCGCUCAUUAUCCACGCCACCAGGGUGCAGAAGAACUCCGACGACGAUUGUUUAGAGGAUGCUUACGGCGAGGCAUUCAUCACGACGUUCCGGACGUUCAUCUCACCACUGGAACUGAUCCAAAAGCUAUCCCAUCGCUACACCGUCUAUCACUGUCAGAUGAAUGAUGCCAAACAGAAAGCCGCCAAAGAAUCGUUUUCGCUACUGGUGCGGGUCGUGAACGAUCUCACUACCCCGGACUUAAGCGAGCGCCUACUGGUGAUAUUGAUGAACUUCGAUUAUCAACUUGUAAGCGAUGGUCACCUAACCAUGGCAAAGCUGCUGCGCGUGAAGCUCAUCGAAAAAGCGCUCGUUUUCAAGCAGAAAGCGUCGCUCGCCAUCCAAACGCCCUCGAUGCGGGACGUCGUCACCAACCAACCGACGCUGCUCGACCUCAAAUCGGCCGACAUCGCAGAACAAAUGACCCUGCUCGAUGCGGAGCUGUUCCAAAAGAUCGAGAUACCGGAGGUGCUGAUAUGGGCACAGGAGCAGUGUGAAGAGCGCUCACCGAACCUGACUCGGUUCACCGAGCACUUCAACAAGAUGUCGUACUGGGCUCGGACACAGAUACUUAAGCAGGACGAUGCCAAAGAUAGGGAGAAGCACGUGAUCAAGUUCAUCAAGAUCAUGAAGCACCUGCGCAAAAUCAACAACUAUAACUCGUACUUGGCCCUGCUGUCGGCAUUGGACUCUGCUCCAAUUCGAAGGCUGGAGUGGCACAAGACUAUUACUGAAGGGCUGAAGGAGUAUUGCGCACUAAUUGACUCGAGUUCCAGCUUCCGAGCCUACCGGCAAGCGCUGGCUGAAACGAAUCCGCCUUGCAUUCCUUACAUUGGGCUCGUCCUGCAGGAUCUCACCUUCGUGCAUAUCGGCAACCCCGAUCAGCUGCCGGAUGGUGCCACUAACUUCUCGAAACGCUGGCAGCAAUACCACAUCGUGGUAAACAUGAAGCGAUUCAAGAAAGGAUCGUACCCGUUCAAGAAGAACGAGCGCAUUAUCGGCUUCUUCGAGAACUUCGAAAACCAUCUAGACGAGGACGUGAUGUGGCAGAUCUCGGAAACGAUCAAACCACGCGGCACCCGCAAGACGAACGUCAAUUAGUACAGGCUGAACUGUUUGCGCGGGUCCAGUGAUGACCGGCAGGAGGGCACCCCAAGAACGAAACCCGGUGAAGGUGAGACUGACUGUGGGCGGCAAAUCCACCAUCAGGAACAGCACCAGCAGUUGCAUCCUCAAUAGGAGCCGGGCUUCUUAAUGUAAUGCGAACCACCUUCACCGGGAGACCACGGAAAGGACGAAGGAAGAAUCCUCGAUCCGUAGGGUGCACAAAAUGGCGAGCUGGAGGAUAGGGAACGGGUAAUACCGGUUCCUCGUCCGAUGAAUGGACAAAUGGAUUUCCAAGCAAACUGAACCACGACACGUUGGUGUCGAGUAUAAAUUCCUGCAUUUACGUGCACGUUGAGUAGUCGUGGACGAUGUGGAGCAAGCAGCAGCGAUAAGGGCCAAGAGUGGGAGAAUGUGCCACCGUAUCUUUACGCCAAACAUUGCGUGUAUCGUGUACACGAAACUAUCCACAUAAUUGACCCUUUGUGUCGUAUUGCUGUUGACUAUUUUUCUUUCUUUUGUUCUGCGACAUCUCUGCUUGGCUACGGGAGUGGUGAAUUGAAGGGGAGAGAGGGUUAAAACGAGGUUAGGGUGCACCAGGGAAGCCGUAAGUUAUUUUAAGUUAGAAACCUGCACGUGAUCAUAAUUGUAUUAUACGUACUACUGGAGGUGUACUUUCGAAAGUAUUGUUUUGUUGUAUUUAAACGAAACCAAUCGCACGCGUGCGACCAUCAUCCUAGCUCCUUCCCAACUUUGACCGAAGAUAAUGAAUUGCUUAGUACUACCAAAAAAAGAUGAAGUACACGGAACUACUGGAAAAAAGCGUCAAAGAUAAGAGACAGUUAUCCUGAUAAAUUUAUUUUCUAUUGAAAAAUAUAAACCUUCAUUAUAUUUUAACGUUUCAGUAGCAUUAUUUUUGUUUUCACGUUUUAAUUUAGUAUAACGCCACUCCUGGGACCAUCUCGAUUUAAAACGUGCGUGCCCGCCCCAAAUGUUCGCCUUCCUUCCUACAAAU